CCUCCCGGUCGAGUGUGCGCACAGUUGUUCAUUUGGUGAACACAAACAGACGCUGAGAGCGAAGCUGGAGCGAAGAAUGUGACAGAAAACAGUUCUCCGAGUUCUUCAUCAGCGCCGCCACAUUUCGGCUCAUUUCUCUCUCUCUGAUUUUAUUCUGAACACACCAUGGAGCCGAUAACCAAGUGGACGCCAAAGCAAGUUGUCGACUGGAUGAGAGGUUUGGAUGACAGCUUGCAGCAGUACGUUAGCAACUUUGAGCGGGAGAAGAUCAGUGGCGAGCAGCUGCUGAAGAUCACACAUCAGGACCUGGAAGAGCUCGGCGUUGCCAGGAUUGGCCACCAGGAGCUGGUGCUGGAGGCUGUCGACCUGCUAUGCGCUCUGGUCAGUAGAUCUGUUUCUGGUUGAAUCUACGUGAGGAUUUUAUAGGCUCAGGAAGGCUCUGCUGGUCCCUGACCCUCCCCCCUCGCUCUCAUUCACUA